CCAGUCCAUGUAGCCUACAACGGUCAAGAUUUUAAACAUUUAUGGUUAAAGAAGAAGAAAGUUUGGUUAAAAUUAAAUUUCUCUUGUACUUUUAAGUGCAAAAACAAAAGUCGUCAUUCGUCACUUUUUUUCGCCCUUGUAAUGCCCGCAUAAUGUUUACAAGGUUUAUGACGCUGGUGACGAAAAAAAAAAUACAUGGAACGAGGUUCUACGCUACCGCGAAACGCUUUUACAAAAACGCGAGUAUUAUUAAAAGUGAGGGCAAAUUCGAAAUUAUAUUAGAUCAGAUGCGGUUAAAAACGCCAAAAGGAAAUGUCUUUAACAUAAAUAGUGAACCUUUAGCUCUGGCGGUAGCAACGGAAUUUAAUUCUCAGCGCGACAAAAUCCUCCAGAGCGAAAUGCACAUCACCACACUGUGCAAUACCAUUUUAGACAAUCCUAAUAACCUGACAAAGUAUGACAUCGUAACUUACAUUGUGAACUACUUAGACACAGAUGCCAUACUCUUUCAGACAAAUGAAAACGAAGAGCUCUUUCAACUCCAGAUAUGUCAAUGGGAUCCUGUUAUUGAAUGGUUCAACGAGCGCUUCGGCGUUAAUUUGAAAAAAUCUGUUGAUAUGGAUGUGUGUGCGAUUAGUGAUGGUGACAAAGCAACUUUAACUAGACACUUAUUGUCUCAUAAUUUUGGAACACUACAUGGAUUCAUGUAUGGUAUAGACACUUUAAAGUCGGGCAUCCUGACGCUUGCAUGCACUGAAAAGCACAUAAGUCCUGAACAGGCGGUUCUUUUGUCCAGAUUAGAGGAGGAGUACCAGAGCGGCCGCUGGGGUCGAGUAAAGUGGGCUCAUGAUCUCAAUCAGCAGGACAUGCAGACUCGACUUGCGGCGGUAAUGUUGUUUGUACAUUUUACUAGCCAUGCAACAAAAAUCCAACAGAAAGAGGUGUAAAUAAAUAUUUUUAAUACCUAAUCCUUUUAAGCACACCAGUGAUUAUUUUUAAUUUACUUUGAUUUUUUUGGCCACAUACUUUUGCUUCCUGCCAAAUCAGGGAUCAGUAAUCUCAAAAGCUCUAUUUUCAUUAUGUUGGUAGCCCUGAACUUAUGACUGGGUAAUGUAAUAGAAUGUGAAUUUUAGAAAUAAUAAAUAAUCUUUUUU